UUGUCCAAAAACCGGAAGUUGUUGUGUGUCGCUGUCGUUAGUGACGGCUUGCUGUUGGGGGGGAGGAGAAGUCGAAGUUCUUAUUUCGGGACUUCACUUGACUAAAGGUUACAGAAUAAGACACGGAGGAUGACUCGUUUUUGUAUAUUUAUGUGACAUUUUACCACACGGGGGUUUCCUGUCUGCAGUUGUCGAGAAGCUAGCUAGCUAGCUAAACUCACGUCAACAACUCAUGUAGUCCACGGACUACCCACGCCGGGGAAAGCUUGCCGAGGUCUAAUUGUGUUUCUGUGCCACUAUGAGUGACUCAGCUGGGAACAAGUAUCCUGGAAUCACGACAGAUAAUGCCCAGGAAAAAAACACCAUCUCUGUGAUAGACGACAGCAAGCAGGACUCAGCCAUGUGUUCCAGCAGCGGGGAAAUCAAGAGCAGUGCUGUUGUCAAAUACUGUGCGGCCCCACCUCCGAGCACGUAUGCCCUCUUGCAGGAGAAGACCGACCUGAAGCUACCACCUGCCAACUGGCUGAGAGAGAACUCCCAGCUGGGCAGUGCUGGCACCACCGUGUUAGGCUCCAGCAGCAAGAGCAAGCCCUUUUCAAGUUUCGGGAUGGCGUAUGAUUUUAUUGACUGCAUCGGGGAUGACGUCGAUGUCGUAUCAGACUCUGAGAACAUCAAGAAGCUCUUGAAAAUCCCCUACAGCAAGUCCCACGUCAGCAUGGCCGUGCAUCGCGUGGGUCGCACCCUUCUUUUGGACGAGUUGGACAUUCAAGAGCUCUUCAUGAGAUCCUCUCAGACCGGGGAUUGGACGUGGUUAAAAGACUUUUACCAGCGGCUGAUGGAUAAGAAGUGGCAGAGGAAAAAGAAGAGCAAAGAGCAUUGGUAUCAAAAAGCAAUCCUCUCCAAGUUCCUCUACUACAGUAUUAAUGGCGACUGUGCCGCCGAGCCUGUAGAGGACAACUUGAACGAUGGUGACUGCGAGGCGCAGGAGUUCAGCUCUUCGUGGCCCACCGCCUUCACCAGCUCCAACACGGAUGAAGAGUCUGCUGCUUGUAAACAGGAAAGUGUGCCCAUGGACAGCAAAUACGCUCUGGGCCAGGUGACGGCGGUGCCACAAGAGCAGAACCUGCUGGCACUCUUUAACGAGGGCGAGAACAGUCAGGGUUUGAGGAACGACUUUGUGCGAAACAUCAUGUGGACCUUUGAAGACAUCCACAUGUUGGUCGGCUCCAACAUGCCUAUUUUCGGAGGGGGGCGCUACCCGGCCGUCAGCCUCAAACUCAGGGACGACAAUAAACCAAUCAACAUCCUGACCGGUAUCGACUACUGGCUGGACAAUCUCAUGUGUAACGUUCCAGAACUGGUUAUGUGCUUUCACGUCAACGGCAUCGUUCAGAAGUACGAGAUGAUAAAAACAGAGGACAUCCCCCAUCUGGAAAACUCAAUGUUUUCCACGAGGGUGGUGAAAGACAUUGCUCAGAACAUCCUCUCAUUCCUCAAGUCCAACUGCACCAAAGAGGGUCACACCUAUUGGCUUUUUAAAGCUAGCGGGAGCGACUUCGUGAAGCUUUACGAUCUUACGACGCUGUGCGAGGAGGCCGAGGAGGAGAAUAGCCACAAUCCCUUCACGCUUCCUGUGGCUGUGUUACUUUACAAAGUGGCAUGCAACCUGAUGCUUAAGGCCAGUGAAAACCGAAAACACAAGGGGACAAUCAGAACUCUGCUUUUAAACUGUGUCAAGCUUCUGGACCAGGACAGGCAUCCCCAGAUCAUCGCAUCGGCGCUUUACAUGUUGUCGGAGCUCUUCCAGCUGGAUGAGUCUCAGGAGGACGACGACGGAGGGGAAUCGCUGCGGUCUUGUGGCUCAGAGGACGGCUACAGUAAUGACGACCGCGAGGAAGACGAAGAUCUGGAGGAGGACAGCGAGGACAGCGGCUCAGACAGCAACGGCCCUCAGGGCGACAGUAAAGCCGUGGCUGUCAUCCGCUCCGUCGGAGAGCUGUCUGUCCCAGAGAAAUACAAAUCCACACAGCUCAUCCGACCUGGUUGUGCUUUUCCCGUAUCACAAGACAAGGAGGAGCGAUGCAGACACGUCCUAAACUACGUGUUGAAGGGGCUGAAGGCAGUGGAUGGCAGCAUCAAGAAGGAGAGCGACCUCCCAGCGGUAGACCCCAACAUACCCAUCCCCCUCAAGUAUGAGGAUGGAAGUGCAGGCAAAGGCUGUGCUGCAGAGAAAGGCAUCUCUCCUCUCCUCGAAAGAGCAGGGCCCCUGCAGGCAGACCAGAAGCACCCAACACGCUCGGGGAUGAUUCCCGGCACGUGGCAGCACCAAAUGAAGCUUCAGCUCUUUCUCAAGGCCGCCAAGGCGUACUACGUCUUGUCUGACGCCGCAACCAACCUGCUGAAGUACGGCCGAGCCUUGCGCUACAUCAAGUUGUCGCUACAGUGUUACGAUGCGUAUUGUUGCAUCGGCGGCACGCUCCACCCGCAGGUGCUGCUGUUCCACAGCCAGUGCCUCUCUCUGUGCGGGGACAUCCAGCUCAUGUUGGCCCAGAAUUCCAACAACAGGGCGGCUUACCAGGAGGAGUACAGCUACCAGACCAAAGAGGACCAGGAGAUCCUACACAGUCUGCACAGGGAGAGCAGCUGCCAAGCCUUCAACAUGGCGACCGACCUGGCCACGGACCCCGAGUACCAGCUGUUUGUGAGCGGCAAGUGCUACGAGGCCGCCUACGAGCUGCUGGUCUCGCACACCUUGAAGGAGGACGCGCCCGAUCAGCUGGCCCAGGUGCUCAAACGGCUGGGGAACAUCCGCAACGAGAUGGGCGUCUACUACAUGAACCAGUCGGCCGCCAUGCAGACGGAGAAAGUGAAGACCUCGGUGUUGGUGGCCGAGCAGGACAUGUGGAAGAAGAGUUUUGCCUUCUUUGAGAAAGGCAUGAAGGACUUUGAGGCCAUCGGGGACAGCACCAACAAGGCCUUGUUGCUGUGCAACACGGGCAAGUUGAUGAGAAUCUGUGCUCAAGCUCACUGCAGCGCCCCCGCUGAUGACAGAGGGGAGUUCUCCCCUGAAGAGUCGCUCUACUACCACAAGGCUAUAGACUACUACCUGCGGGCCAUGGGGUCACUGUCGUGCAGGGACAACCACCCGGGAGUGUGGGACAGCGUCAACUGGGAACUGUCCACCACAUAUUUCACACUGGCUACUCUUCUGCAGGACUACGCUCCGCUCUCCAGGAAGGCCCCGGAGCAGAUCGAGCGGGAGGUGACCGAGUCCAUGAUGAAGUCGUUGAAGUACUGCGACCUGCAGACCGAGUCGGCCCGCCAGCCGCUCUACCAGUACAGAGCCGCCACCAUCCACCACCGCCUGGCCUCCAUGUACCACAGCUGCUUCCGCAACCAGGUAGGAGACGAGCGCCUAAGGAAGCACCAUCGCAGCCUGGCCGAGCUCCACUACAGCAAGGCCGUCUACUUGUUCCUCAGCCUCAAAGACGCGCCCUGCGAGCUGCUCCGCGCCCUCCUGGAGAGGGUGGCCUUCGCCGAGUUCACCAUGGCGGCUCAGAGCAGCAGCGCGGCGAAGCAGAAGAGCCUGACCGCGGCUCUGGACAUCAUGGCGGAGACUCGCUUUGCGUUCCAGAUCAUCCAUGCAGAACUUCUGGAAGAGCAGAGAGAAGGAAGUCACGCCAACAUGUCUUCUCCCGACUGCUCCGGACUGGACCUUCAGGAAGUGACGAAGUUGAUCCUCCUGUUCGAGUCGCGCUUCUCCGACCUGCUUCUGCAGCUGAUAAAACUCAUCGCCAAAACCAAACGGAAGCCCAGCAAAAGCGACGAGGAGCUGCUGAAGACCUACAAGAAGGUUUACUCCAAGCUGCUGCGCUGCGACAAAAACACGGCGCUCCUCGCCCGAGUGCAGCUCUACGCCGAGCUCCUGCAGCUUCUGACGCCGCAGACCGGAGGUAACGACGACGCCAAUAUGGUUUCAUGACAAAGUAUCGCGAAUAUUUAAAGACUCUUUUUUUCAUCGUCAUUUACAACAACUGCAUAUUUCUGCAGUAAAGACAUUGGGAUUAUGUUUCAAUGCGAUUGUACCAAAGAUACAAAUAACACCAUCAUCUUUUAACAAGUCACCAUUUUCAACAGGAAUUCUUCAGGAAUUAAUCAGAGCAAUAACCCUUUUAUAAUUUUUCAUUACCCAGUUCACAGCACUCAGACUAGGAGUGUAAAUAAAUGGAGUAUAACAUCAGUUGUCACAUGACUGCUGCCGUUUCCACGCAAUGAAGCCUUCGCAGGAGAUGAUUAUUUAUAUUUUUGAUAUGUGGAGCUUUCAUUGAUGCUGUGAACAUCAAGUUUUGUUUGUUUACUUUGCUUGAACACCACAGUGCAAUUGUCUACAUGUGUCACUGUAUGUACAUUAUAAACACGGUUGCUGUGUCAUUGCAAUACAGGAAUUGUAUGCACCUUU